GGAGGGGGAGGGGGACCUGCUCAGGAGACCGAGUGGCCCGGGUUGGAGCGCCCAACCCCGCAGCGGACCAUGGUGCAGCAGGCGGAGAGCUUGGAAGCUGAGAGCAACCUGCCCCGGGAGGCGCUGGACACCGAGGAGGGCGAAUUCAUGGCUUGCAGCCCGGUGGCCCUGGACGAGAGCGACCCGGACUGGUGCAAGACGGCGUCGGGCCACAUCAAGCGGCCGAUGAACGCGUUCAUGGUAUGGUCCAAGAUCGAACGCAGAAAGAUCAUGGAGCAGUCUCCGGACAUGCACAACGCCGAGAUCUCCAAGAGGCUGGGCAAGCGAUGGAAGAUGCUGAAGGACAGUGAGAAGAUCCCGUUCAUCCGGGAGGCGGAGCGGCUGCGGCUCAAGCACAUGGCCGACUAUCCCGACUACAAGUACCGGCCGCGGAAAAAGCCCAAGAUGGACCCUUCGGCCAAGCCUAGCGCCAGCCAGAGCCCCGAGAAGAGCGCAGCGGGCGGCGCGGGCGCCAAGUCCUCCCGCAGCUCCAGCAAGAAGUGCGGCAAGCUCAAGGCGCCCGCGGCCGCGGCGGGCAAGGCGGGCUCCGGCAAGGCGCAGCCCGGGGACCUGGGCGCAGAUGACUUCGCGCUCGGCAGCCUGCGCGGCGGCGGCGCGGCGGGCGGCGCGGGGAAGACGGUCAAGUGCGUGUUCCUGGACGACGACGACGACGACGAUGAGGACGAGGACGAGCUGCAGCUGCGGAUCAAGCAGGAGGCGGAAGAAGACGACGACGAGCCUCCGCACCAGCACCUCCUGCAGCCUCCGGGCCAGCAGCCGCCGCAGCUGCUGAGACGCUACAACGUCGCCAAAGUGCCGGCCAGCCCGACGCUGAGCAGUGCGGCUGAGUCCCCCGAGGGCGCCAGUCUGUACGAUGAGGUGCGGGCCGGGGCCACCUCGGGCUCGGGCGGCGGCAGCCGGCUCUACUACAGCUUCAAGAACAUCACCAAGCAGCACCCGCCGGCGCUGGCUCAGCCCGCGCUAUCGCCCGCGUCCUCGCGCUCUGUGUCCACCUCGUCGUCCAGCGGCAGCAGCAGCAGCAGCAGCAGCGGCGGCGACGACGCCGACGAUCUGAUGUUCGACCUGAGCUUGAAUUUCUCCCAAAGCGCGCACAGCGCCUGCGAGCAGCCCUUGGGGGGCGGCGCGGCGGCGGGGAACCUGUCCCUGUCGCUGGUGGAUAAGGAUUUGGAUUCGUUCAGCGAGGGCAGCCUGGGCUCCCACUUCGAGUUCCCCGACUACUGCACGCCGGAGCUGAGCGAAAUGAUCGCGGGGGACUGGCUGGAGGCGAACUUCUCCGACCUGGUGUUCACGUAUUGAAAGGGGUGCCCGGCUCCUCGCUCUUUCUCUCAGCGGGCGCAGAACAGGGCUCCUUGGGAGAGAAGUCAUGGCGGUCAGGAUAAAGAGGAUGGUGUGGAUGAUGAUGGUAGUGGUGGUGGUAGGGGUGGAGGGGAGAGAAGAAGAUGCUGAUGAAAUAAGAUGUGACGCAAAGAAAUUGGAAAAGAUGAUGAAAAUUUUGGUGGAGUUAAAGUGGAUGAGCAGUUUUUAAACAUUUUUUCCUGUCCUAUUUUUGUCUCCCCACCCCUCCCUUUAUCGUGUCUCAAGGUAGUUGCACACCUAGUCUGCAGUUGUGAUUCCCCCACCCCCAAAAAUGUGUUUUUGUAAUUACUAUUUCUUUUUCCUGAAAUUCGUGAUUGCAACAGAGGCGGAGGGGACCGGGCGGGGGAGGGGAGGGAGGACCCGCUCCGGAAGGCGCUGUUUGAAGCUUGUCGCUCUUUGAAGUCUGAAAGACCUCUGCAGAGGACCCUUUUGGCAGCACAACGGUUUCUCUAGGGAGUUGGUGAUUUUUUUUUUUUUUUCCUUAAGAGAUCUUAAAGAACUGGUGAUUUUUUUUUUUAAAGCAAAAAAAAAAA